AUGGAGGAACAUCUACGUCAGAGUCUCUCCAACCACCCAAAUGCUUUUCAGCAUUUCCAUAGCAGCUCGCCCCACUCGUCGCAUAGGUCCCACGACAGAAUGGCUCCGCGCCCUCAGCAGGAAGGCACCUCCACGGCCAUCGAACUCGAGACUGACAUGAGCCAGCAUCGCCAUGGCAGUUCUGACGAGGAGGGAAUGCCUCCACCUCGCUAUACCAAGGCCACCGACCCGUUCCACCUCGCAUCCAAGCUCAAAACCGAGGAGGAAAUCCGCCAAAUUAAAGCCAACACUAGCCGCAAGCGCGACUCCGCCUCUCCAACCCCCAAAGUCAUCGAACUGGUCCGCAGUACUGGUGACCGUGGCAAGGCGGCCCUCACCACCCGGAAACUGCAGGGCUUCUACGAAAACCAGAACGAGAAUAUCGAGCGCAUGCUCAAGCCUGUGGAGGAACAUGUGCGGGAAGCGCGCGACCUGAACGAGGAAAAUAGCUUGAAGUACAAGAUCGCUGUGUACGCUAGUUUUGCCGCCAACGUCAUUCUGUGUGUUGUUCAGGUGUACGGUGCCGCCUCGUCCGGUUCCCUGUCCCUGUUCACAACCAUGGCCGACGCCAUCUUCGACCCCAUGUCCAACCUCACCCUCCUUCUCUGCAACAAGGCCGUCAACCGCGUUGACCCUCGUAAAUUCCCCGCCGGCAAGGCUCGUAUCGAAACGGCCGGGAACAUCUGCUUCUGCGCCCUCAUGACUGCUGUCUCGAUGAUCAUCAUCGCCUUCUCCAUCCGCGAGAUUGUCGCAGGCUCCGACACCUUGGUCGCAGAAUUCCACCUCCCCUCUAUCAUCGCUGUCUCUGUUGCUUUCUUCACCAAGCUUGGGCUGUUCCUUUACUGCUUCGCUCUGCGCAAUCAGGUCUCUCAGAUCCGGAUUCUGUGGGAAGACCACCGCAACGAUCUUCUCAUCAACGGUAUUGGUGUGAUGACCUCUAUCCUCGGUAGUAAGAUCCGCUGGUGGAUUGAUCCGAUGGGUGCCAUCAUCCUGUCGUUGAUUGUCAGUGGGCUGUGGCUGCACUCUGCUUAUGGCGAGUUCCAGCUCUUGAUUGGUGUCACCGCGGAUACCAAGAUGCAACAGCUCAUCACUUAUAUCUCCAUGACUCACUCCCCUCUCAUUACGGCCAUCGACACAGUCCGAGCUUACACCUCUGGCCCCCGUCUUCUCGUCGAAGUCGACAUCGUCAUGGAGCCCAAUGAGUCUCUUCGUGCGACCCACGACGUGGCGGAGGAACUGCAAAUCAAACUCGAGUCCCUUCCAGACGUGGAGCGUGCUUAUGUGCACGUUGACUACGAGACUACUCACAAGCCGGAGCACUUUUUGAAGAAGGAGCUCUAA